AUGGAGCUAACGGCUGUGGCAGAACUCGCUCCCAUUGACGUGCAGUCUCGGGUAACUCGGUUCAUGAACAAGGUUUCGCAUGGAAACCUACAGCGCUUUGCAGAAGUGGCUCAGAAACCUGCGGCUGAAGGCGAGGUGGCUAUGAACUUGGCCAGUGGAGACUUAGAUCUCAUCAAGACUGUUGCCGAGUGUAUUGUCGCUCACAGCAUUUGGUCGGGCUUCAAGCGCUCCGAAAGUGCCGUCGCUUUGGCUGACAUCCUCCUGGCGCUCGACACUCCGAGCCUGAGCUCCUUCGUGGUGGACGCGGUCCUCCGUGACAUGGGAGGACACUUCGCUCAGCCAUGCACGGACGACGAGAAGGCCAAGGAGGAACAGGCGUCCAGAGUCAAGGAGAGUGCUAAAGCUGUUGCUCGAGAUGUCGGACAGCUUUUUUCCAAAGGUCUUUGCCCAUUCGUGAAGUUCGACUUGAUUCUGCAAGGCAUAUCCCAUUGGAACGCCCUGUCAAAGCAGGAUGCAACAUCUUCUCCGGAAGCUGAACACUGCGCCCCUGGCUUGCCACAGUGUGUUCUGCUGAGCGGACGCACGGCCGUUUCGCAACCUCGCAUCAGCGAGACGGUAGCAGAAUUCAAGGACCGGCUUGCAAGCGACCUCGGCAUAGGGCCUUCGACUUUCUUCUUCCUGAUGGCUGGUAGGGAGCCUCAGCCACAUGCGGAGAUGAAGGACCUGGGAGAGGUAGAGCUUCAAGUGAUGGUGAGGACACCGGUGCUCAAGGAGGAGUAUCGAGUUGAAGCCGUGUGCAUUCUCCUCACCGAGGUUGCGGCAACUCUACAGGCUACGGAGCACGGGAAGGACCUCCUGUGUCGGGAGCUGCAGCGGCUCGGGAAGCUCAAGAAGGGGCUCGGCAAGCGCUACCAGUUCAUGAUCAAGGACCUAGAAGACCUGGUUGGUUGCCACGGGAAACGUGGCAUGUGA